CAAUCCGUUAAAUCGGUUAAAGGCAGAGCUUCACUCUCUUCUUAUCCACCUCCAUCGCCAUUAAUUCCAUCUGAAAAACUUUUCGAAGUCGUUUUCCAACUCGGUGGUUCUCAAACUCAGUAGUAGUAGCAAGCUUCGUUAGAAGCAAAGGCUAAAAAAAAAAAUGGCUUUGUUAAGCCAACACUUGCAGAGGUUUCUACUGAAUGAACACAACAGCCUCUCCAGCUCCUUCAAGUCCACAACCAACAGGAGUAGUGGUGGUGGUGGCAGUGGUACCAGUCUACUUACAGUGAAUGCAAGAAUUCGAAGCUGCUCUGCCAUAGCCAUAGAUGCCCAGUCUUCUUCCUUGACUGAUAUAGCUCGAAUUCGAUGGGGUUCGACGAGUUUGCAAGGUGCUCGUGAUGAGAUGGAAGAUGGUGUUGUUGUUCGCUCUGAUGGCCUUGAUGGGUUCUCGUUUGCUGCUGUUUUCGACGGCCAUGCCGGCUUCUCCUCCGUCAAGUUCCUCAGGGAUGAGCUCUACAAGGAGUGUUGUGGAGCCUUACAGGGAGGGCUGCUACUGGGUGAAAAAAAUUUCAAAGUCAUUAGAGAGGCAUUGCAGGAGGCUUUUCUAAAAGUUGAUAACAAAUUGCUAAAUUGGCUUGAAACAACCGGAGAAGGAAAUGAAUCUGGUGCGACUGCUACUGUUUUGUUCAUCGGAAAUGAUAUGCUGUUCAUUUCUCAUGUUGGUGACUCAUCUGUGGUUCUAUCUCGUUCUGGAAAAGCAGAGACAUUGACCAAUCCUCAUCGACCCUAUGGAAACAGCAAGGUCUCCCUUCAAGAAAUCAAAAGAAUCAGAGAAGCAGGUGGAUGGAUUGUGAAUGGAAGGAUUUGUGGGGACAUUGCUGUAUCUCGUGCUUUUGGUGACAUGCGGUUCAAGACUAAGAAAAACGAGAUGCUAAAGAAAGGAGUUGAAGAAGGGAGAUGGUCUAAAAAAUUUGUUUCACGGGUACAAUUCAGUGGAGACUUGGUAACUGCAUCUCCAGACAUUUUUCAAGUGGCUCUAGAAAAAGAUGCAGAAUUUGUACUUUUAGCAUCUGAUGGCUUAUGGGAUUACAUUAACAGCUCGGAAGCAGUUGAUUUUGUUAGGGCUCAACUCCAACAACAUGGAGAUGUUCAGUUAGCUUGUGAAGCACUUGCUCAAGCGGCUCUGGAUCGAUACUCACAAGAUAAUAUCAGCAUUGUCAUUGCCGAUUUAGGGCAAACAGAUUGGCGAAAUUUGACACUCCAGCAACCGAACUUUGUGUUUGAAUUGGGCCAAGCUUUAGCUACAAUUGGCAUUGUGUCCCUUGGAAUUUGGAUGACAUCUCUGUUUAUCGUAUAAAAACUUGAGGAUCCGGAUUAUGUAAAUAAAUCAGCAUAGCAAAAAUGAACGUAGUUUUUCACAGUUUUUAUCCAAACAAUGUAAUUGGACAUGUCUAAUAUCUUGAUACUUUCGGUUUAGGGUACAGAAUAAUCCUUGAAAAAAGUAUUUUCUUCUUA